AUCAGCCGGAAGAGCGUUCAACUGCAGAUCAGACGCGAAGAGCCACAACACCUCAACCUCGUCGUCUCCUCGAUCUCGAUAACAACGAUUCUCAAAACAACUCAACCACAACCCAUCCACUCUGGCUCUGUCUCCCACCAAGAUUCGCACAAUGGCAGACAACAAUAGCGAGAUGGGUUCCCUUCCUCCACCCGAGCUACCAAUUGAAGGUACGUCUACGGAAAAGGCGCCAACCAAUCCCAAGAGACCUUUCCAGGAACAAACACCUGCUGGCGAUGACGAAGUUGAUGAUCCUGACUUCGUUGGUCCUCAAAGCGCUCAUCCAGCGAAGAAAAAGGUCAGAAAGUAUCGACUCCUCGAUGAUGCAUUCACGUACAUUGGAACCCAUGUUAAGGAGCCACUUGUCGAGGUGUUAGCACGGAUUGGAAAGGAUGGUAAGAUUUGGACGCGAGCUGUCCAGAAAGGCGACUCUCGGCAACUCUCAAACUGGAGCGAUCUGGUCUCCUCCAAUGGGCGAGUGAAAUUCGAGAACAUCAAGAUCGAUUCUAGAGUGAUUGGCGAUUUUGCUGGCCUCAUCGAUGAGACUUAUCUAGAUGAGAGGGUGAAGCUGGUCAAGGACUUUCUUAACUCUGACAAGUCACGCACGACGACAAGUCGAGAACGAGUCGAACUUCCUCCUCCUCCUCCUCCUCCUCCUCCUCCUGUUUACGAACCUUCUCGCAUCCAAGUUGGAACUGAUAGGGUUUCGAAGCAACCCGUCUCUGCCAUCAUGAUUCACGGUAAAGGUGACCAUGGGCCAUAUGUUCGGUUCUCCCGCGUGGGAUUGCAUGUGGGUUAUGAGUACAAAGACAUCGAGUUCGACCAAGAAUACUGGCGAGGUUCGAUAAAUGCCAGCAAGAAAUACAUCAAGACUUUAUUCAAAGUCAAAGAUGAUUCUCGUCAAGGCUCUCAAUCUCAACGUCGCGAGUUGGAGGAGGUUGACGAUGCAAGCGAACAAUCAAGCGACGAUGAAGUCGAACAGCCAAUUCAAGAUGGACUCGGUACUCUCAAGCCUUCCAACCUCGUUCUUAGUGAUGGGUUCGAAGACGCCUUCGCCUCACUCGAUAAGUCUUACAAUGCGUCUAUCGACAGACUGAGAAGAGAAGCAGGCCGACAAGAUUCCGUGAUUGGUGAACGAGAAGGCGAAAUCGAGGGAUUGAGAUCAGACAUCGAAGAGCUCAGUAACGCCAAUAGCAAGCACCAGGAGACGAUUGCCGAGCACGAGCUCACAAUUCGCACCCACGACGCAGUGAUCGAGGAACUUAGCCUUGCACGACAACAAGAAGCUGAGACAUCCAGUGCACUGCUACGGCAGCGCAACGAGAUCAUCAGCAAUCUGGAAGCCAGAGUCAAGGAAUUGACACUUGGCGGUGGCAGUAACUCCGGUCAUACCGCCAAGACAGACAAUGAGGCUGCUCUAAAGUCCCAGGUCAAGGAAUUGGAGGCUAAGUUAAAGGCAGCCGAAUCCGCCAAUAUGACCCAAGCCUGGAAGAUUGCUUCAUUCUCUGGUGAAUCCGAGGAUUCGAAAAACACCAUAGCUCUCAGGCUCCAGCACGAGGUGGACAUUCGGGACGACAAAAUUGCAGGCCUCGAGCAGGAAUUGCAGGAUCUUCGGGCCGAGAAUGGACAAUCACAAUUUCCUCAUCCUCUGUUACCGUUACCGAUAUUCACUCGAGAAUUCGACCUCCACGGCCUGCGCUUCGAAGACGGAUUCGUCAAAGUGCCCGAGGCAUUCGCCAAGGCCAGCCUCUUCAAGGAACGCAAUGGCGCUAAAUUCACUGGUGAGAAUAACAUCCUUUGGCAAAAGACCCGCAUGCUGCAGGACAAUAUCAUAGUCGCUGGUACCCCGCUAGACCGUAUCGAGACUAUCGCUGGAGCUAGGUACGCUUGCUACGAGGAGGGUGGGAAGCAGAAGCGCCUAAGGCUGCCAGAUCAGACGUCUCUGGUUUUGUAUGACCAAAAGUACUGCAUUGAGUGGGAGAUUCUGAAGGAGACAGACCCUGAGGAGGUAGACUACAGCUUUUGAGUGACAGAUGAGAGUGGAUGGUCUUAUUUCCUUGGAUUUGGGUCCUUGAGAAGCUGGAACAUUGACCUCUAGUCUCCAGGCUUGAUCAGUUCAUACUGCUUGGGACCUACUGAACUCCUUUACCUUUUCCUGCUUGGCCCUUAGUAGGCUUCUUCCUGUACAUACCUCUACGAGUUGCAUUCAGCAGGCUUGUUAGGCCGAAUUGUCCACUUGGACAUCUCGUUACUCGAACUUACUGUCAUAUCGACAGCAAAUCCGCAGAGCUACGUACUAGAAUCAAUACACAU